AUGGAUGUGGAUAAUGAUGGACAGUUUGAUGACUAUGCCGCUCCUCCAGACGUUUUCAACAAUGAUUUCGACACGAACUUGCUGACUAAAAUGGUUUCCUCUGAUUCAACGCCUUACAUCGCGAACGAAAACUCGGACACGAUGUAUGGGAACAGUAAAUUCGACUCUGGGAUUAAAUUUGACUCUGGUACAUUUGAUUCUGGUACAUUUGCAAGACCCAAGCGUAACUCUCAAACAAUACCAGAUGUGAAGUCAGUAGAACCAGCUGAAGAGUUCCACGAUGCCCACGCACCAGAAAGGGAGGUUGUAGCAAUAACUUCUGAUGGUCACGUGGAUAAUCUGUCUAAAGCAGCUACUGGCUCCAGAAUCCCUGCCCCUGCUAGGAGCAACGCUAUUCCUACUAAACUACCGUCCCCCAAGAAACACGCUGAACCAACUCUAACCCUCAACUCUAACGGCCUGGAUAAUGAAAAGAACAACUCAGUAGAGGUUAAAGAACAGAACACUGCUCAGUCUGCAAUAGUGAUAUCAGCAAGAUGUCACCCCUUUAACCUGCUGACGUAUUCAGAGGACCAAGUUGAGGCCUUGAUUAAUUCGGCCAGAAAGCAGGAGCGGGAUCAGUGGGAAGCUGAUAGAAGAGAACUAGAACUGUUAGUUGAGGAGAAAACCGACGCAGCUACCAAUCCCGCUAGUAUGGGUCAGAACUCGGACAACGGCCUGGAGCUGAAGAUAAUGUCAGAGCUAAAUAAUGAGUACGCUGAAUGUAUGAUGGCUCAGAGCAAGCGAACAGAAGACAUUCUCUCAAAACAAAUCAAGAAACUCAGUACUGACAACUCAGUAUUGUUGAAAGAACUUGAUGUCAUGCACUCAGCUAUGUCAGAUCUUCAUAAGAGAUAUGAUCGCGCUAGGGGCAUCAUCAACCAAAUGAAAAAGAGAGAAGACACCCUCGAAGAAGAGAUUAGACAGUGCCAAGAAGAACUGAGGAACUCAGAGGAGAACUGCCGCUACAUCUCCAAAACUUGUGACGACAAACUCGAGGAAGCAAACACGCGUAUUGACAUGAUUAAACAAGAAACAGAAAAGGGCACAAUUAUGAUGGAGGCCUCUAUAAAGCGACUCGAACUGGAAUGCAAGUCAUGGCACUCCAAAUUCCUAGAUAAGGAGAGCUCAGAGAAGGAGUUGAUAGCGAUCUGCGACAGUUUGAUGGGCGUGAAGGAGCAGGAAAUGGACGAAGAACAAUAGUCACGUGAUGUGUACAUGUUAACACGUGGUUAAUUCUCUUCAUUGAUACAACUUCAGACAAAACCCGGCCUUCAGCGCCAGUCCCGCGCAACGCGGUAAAAUAAAUCUGCUCAGGGACGAUUCAGAAAUUUGAUAAUAGUAGAAAUUAGGAAAAUUUGUUACGUUCAGCAAAUGUCUGUGUACGUGAAAUUGCGGCCCAAGCCGGAUUAUUUGAACUCCGAUCACCGUCUGGAUAAUUUAGGCUUAAUUCACACUUCACAAGAAUGACGAACAGUGAUUUGAGGUUUAAUUGGGUUACAAUCUUUAUACCGUGUUCUGAAGCAUCAAUCUAUCUGUUUUUUGUUGAUAUUUGUUGUUUGAUAUUGUUUUUAAAGGAUCCAUCCUACAAUUAUAAUGCAGUUGGUCCGGAUAAAUUCAUGUUAUUGACUUCUUGAUCUUUGAUUCAAGAUUACGAAUUGUAAAUGUUACGGGCACUUUGAGAUCAAUGAAGUUGCUAAGAGUAACAUGGAUAUACACUUCCUUUAAUAGGUUUUGGGUAUGUUGAUUUUAAGUGAUGCUCUAUCGACAAUCGAAGUAUAUUAGUAUUACAGUACUAUUUGUAUUUGUACAGUUAUUGUACCCAAUAAUAUUGAUAUUAAAUAAAUUUCUUUUUAAAUUUCAA